AUGAGUAAACAAAAGGCCGCACGUACCAAUGAAAUACCCAACAAAGGAAAGCAGCCCAUUGAUGAAGGUUCUGUAAAGAAAUCUGAUAUUGAAGAUGAAGAAUAUGAUGAAGAAGAAGACGAAGACUAUGACCCCGAAGCCAAAGUUGAAGAGGAAAAAGAAGCCAGUGAAGAAGAAAGUGAUCAUGAAGCACAACCAGACUAUUCCUCUAUAGAAAAUGCUACGCUCCAAGACAGACUCAUUAAAACAAGAAGUCAAAGGCACCAAGAGAAGUACGGACCCAACACCGGAAUCAAUCAAAUAAGGCAGGGGUUAAUAAAAACGGAUGAUGUUAGCCAAAAUAUAGAUGUUGAUGCCAUAUUUAAUGACUUGCAACGGAAGAGCAAGAGUGGGACGCCUGAUGACUGGAAAACGUCCAUUGAAAAAGAAGAAUCUCAGAACGAGAGUAAUAAUCGAAACCCAAAGCAUGAUACUAAUACCAUUUCAGACGACAAACCUCAGGAAGAUAAUUCUCUUAAUCCACAGAAGGUAAAGAUUGAAUCAUCGUAUACAUUUGCAGGAAAAGUUAUCACGGAAUCCAAACUAGUGGAUGCGGAUUCAGCGGAGGCGAAAGCGUAUUUCAACUCUACAAAAGGCAUAACAGCUAAUAAGACUGAUAAUUCAACCGUCACACGUUCUUUUGUGCCUGUAAUUCGAACCAUACCAGGAACUUCAGAGCCAACAGAACUUCGCAUUAAGCUUAAGAGACCAUCCUUGAUCGACAAAUUCUUAUCGACGUAUGGCAACAAGAAACAGAAGCUAUCUACAUUGGAAAAGUCUCGUUUAGAUUGGGCUAGUUUCGUUGAUAAGAAAAAGUUAAAGGACGACUUAUCUAUGCAUAAUAAGGGUGGUUAUUUAGAUAAGCAAGAAUUCUUAGGAAGACUUCAAGACAAGAGAGAUGAACAUUACCAAAAGGCCAAAGAAGAAGAGCGCAAAAGGCAGUGGCAGUUACAACAGCAACUGUCAUUAUAA